CUUUGCUUGCGAAAAAAAUGAUGCAUGGACAAGGCGGGGUUUGUCUGAUGCAACUGGAGUAAACCAGCAAUUGCUGUUUUCGUUUAUAUAUGGAAGAAUAACGUGUCUUGCCGGUUUGGACUUCAGUUGGUUUAGAUUUAUUUGAUCACCAGACCAAAAAGUUUCCAUAGAAAGGAAUCUGUGCAAUAUGUCCGAUUAUUCAGUGAAUACCAACUGUUCUUUGUCUCCGUUGGAGUUGUAUGAAAAAGUGACUGCCCAAGGAAAUGAGGUCAGAUCUUUGAAAUCAAAGAAGGCAUCAAAGGAAGACAUUGAUGCAGCAGUGAACAAGCUGCUAACCUUGAAGCUAGAAUACAAGACAGUAACAGGAAAGGCAUACGAGGCUGGAUCUCCACCAACCAACGAUACACCCAUCAGCAACAGUGAACCACUCAAAGUGAAUGAUGAUGAAGACUUUGUAGAUCCAUGGUCAGUUCAUACGUCGAGUGCCAAGGGAGUAGACUACGACAAACUAAUAGUUCGCUUUGGAAGCAGUAAAAUUGAGAAUGAGCUGAUUGAACGAAUAGAGAGAGUGACAGGAUGUAAAGCGCAUCCUUUUCUUCGUAGAGGAAUCUUUUUCUCUCACAGGGAUAUGCAUCAAAUUCUUGACGCAUAUGAAAGCAAGAAGUCCUUUUACUUAUACACAGGAAGAGGGCCUUCGUCUGAUGCUAUGCACGUAGGACAUCUUAUACCAUUUAUUUUUACCAAGUGGCUACAAGAUGUCUUUGAUGUCCCAUUGAUUAUUCAACUAACGGAUGAUGAAAAGUAUCUGUGGAAGGAGCUUACACCAGAAGCUUGUCAUGGAUAUGCUAUAGAGAAUGCAAAGGAUAUCAUUGCCUGCGGCUUUGAUGUGAAUAAGACUUUUAUCUUUUCUGACCUGGAUUAUAUGGGGUCAAGUCCAUCAUUUUAUAAGAAUGUCGUUAAAAUUCAGAAACACGUCACAUUUAACCAAGUGAAAGGAAUCUUUGGGUUUACUGAUAGCGACUGCAUUGGUAAGAUCAGUUUUCCAGCUAUCCAAGCUGCUCCAUCCUUUAGUAACUCAUUCCCACAAGUUUUUAACAACCGAACGGAUAUUCCAUGCCUUAUUCCUUGUGCCAUUGAUCAGGACCCAUAUUUCAGAAUGACAAGAGAUGUUGCCCCCAGAAUCAGCUACAUCAAACCAGCACUAAUGCAUUCGACCUUCUUCCCAGCUUUGCAGGGAGCUCAGACAAAGAUGAGUGCAAGUGAUCCUAACUCCUCCAUCUUUCUUACAGAUACUGCAAAACAAAUUAAAACAAAGAUUAACAAGCAUGCAUUCUCUGGAGGAAAAGAUAGUAUUGAAGAACACAGACGCCUUGGUGGGAACUGUGAUGUGGAUGUUUCAUAUAUGUACCUCACAUUUUUCUUUGAAGAUGAUGAAAAACUUGAAAAAAUCAGACAAGAUUACACCAGUGGAACCAUGCUGACCGGAGAGCUAAAGAGCAUUCUCAUUCAAACACUGCAGCCUUUGAUAGCAGAACAUCAAGCCCGAAGACAAGCAGUGACAGACGAAGUAGUGAAACAGUUUAUGAGUCCACGGAAACUAGCAUUCAAUUUCUAAUAGCCUGCUUGCACAGAACUUUCACCAUAAAUGGAAAUAAUUUAAAAUUAAAUUUUCAUUGCUGCUACUUGAUAUUUUAAAAAUCGGACUAAGAUUGUAUAGUACAGAUCACACUCCUAAAUUAACAAUAAACAUAUAUCUUACUAUA